AUGGAGGAACAGAUCGGCGACAUCACGGCGUUCCUCAAGGGGAUGCAAGCCCGGAUCGAUCGACAGCACGAUUCGAUGAAGCAGUCGUUGGAGGCGAACACGGCGGUGCUACACGAUCUGUCCGCGUGGAAGCCCAAGGUCCAAGCCGACGUCGAGAAGCUGCAGACCGACGUCCGCGACCUCUGCACCAAAAUCGAGCAUCUCUCGUCGAAGCAUGAAGAGAUGACGAACCCUGCAUACAAGGUGUUCGACGAGGAGCACCUCAACCUCACGGGUCACGCUGCCGCUCAUUUGGCUGGCGGAUCUGGAGGAACACCUACAGGGCCUUGUGCCCGCGGCGAUGAACAUGGUCACCGAGGUUUGGGCAACGGGGUGGUCACCACCUUCGUUCCUACCCCGGUCACAGAAGAGCUCUGGAAUAUGAUACAGGGAGAUGAUUCUCAAAUGGAAGAUCAAUGUGUUCCAGAGGGAGAAGAUUCUGGCGAUGACUUGAUGGUGCUCUCUGCUAAUGCAGCUCAAGGUACUGAUUCCACCAGGACUGUCAGGAUGGUGGGUCAUGUUGGUGGAAAGGAGGUAAUCAUUCUUGUUGACUCUGGUAGCCCCCAUACUUUUAUCAGUGAAGCUUUGGCAUCUAGGUGGAGAGAUUGGUCUCCUAUGCACACUACUAUGCAAGUCAGAGUUGCCAAUGGUCAAACUCUGCAGUGCAGUUAUGAAGUUCAGGCUUGUCCAAUCUGGAUUAGUGGUCAUGCUUUCAAAAUGUCACUGAAAGUUUUACCCCUUCAAUGUUAUGAUAUCAUACUUGGUAUGGAAUGGUUAAAGCAACAUAGUCCAAUGAUAAUUGACUGGAAAAAGAAGAUUCUGUCAUUUGAGUACCAGGGAACACAAGUUUUUCUUCAGGGGAUAGUGCCUGAUGUGGUGAGCUUCUGUCAACAAGCUAAGCCUGAAAGGGUCAAAUAUCCAGGCCUUCUGCAGCCACUACCUGUUCCUGACUAUGCCUGGCAGGUUGUCAGCCUGGAUUUCAUAGAAGGUUUGCCUAAAUCCAAUCAUUUUGACUGCAUCUUGGUGGUAGUAGACAAAUUUUCAAAGUAUGCUCAUUUCAUUCCAUUAAAACACCCUUUCACUGCUCUUCAAGUGGCUUUAGCAUACAUGGAUAAUGUUUUCAAACUGCGUGGUUUCCCUGAAGCACUCAUAUCGACAAAGUGUUUACCAGCCAAGUUUGGUAGCAAUUGUUCAAAUUAA